ACAAACGAAACGACGCAGUUUUAAGGUUAAUCUCUCUCAAACUCUUGUCUCCUAAAUGGGUCUUAGCCAAACAGCAACCGUACUCGUCGCGGUUUUCGCGUUUUGUCUGGUAGCUGUAGCGGCACAGCUCGCCUACGUUUUGUGGUGGAAACGUAGGUUUCGUCGUCGGAGUAUCGCUGGCUCACAACUCGACGCUUUCUCCUCCCGCGGCGGUGACCCGACGGCUACACCACCGCCUUCGAAAGAGCUUCUUUACUUCUUCUUGUUCUGUCUCGAAAACAAACAGUUCCGAAUAGGAUCCGCCACCGCUCCGCCCCUCCCUGCAGCUGCUCCUCCGGUUAAUGACGUGGCGUCGAAGUGGUCAAUAAACGGAGAAAAUUUACUUUGCGGACCUUCGGAGACUUUGUUUACCAUCGCUGAAGACUAUACUAGCGAGUCUGAUCAUCGGACGGGUGAUAUUGAUCCACGUGGUAGCAUCUCUACGGAUGAUCAUGUGAAGGAUGAUGAAGUGAAAGAGGAGAUUAUUGUGACUGAUGGAAGCGACGACGAGGUUGACUUUAGCGACUAUAAUCUCGACGGAUCGACGCCGUUUUCUACUCCAUGUGCUUCGCCGCCGUUUUACACGCCGUCUCCUUCUCCGAUUCGUGAUGAUCUUUCUAAGACGGUACGUGAGGAGCGUUUGUACGGCUGAGAUAGGUUUAGUACUCCGAUUAACCGGAUAUUGACCCGGUCAAAGAUACGGUGUCAAUCAGAGAUGGGUUAAUUAGUUUCCAUAAGGUUUGUUUUUUUAAUUAUGAGUUUUAACCGUGAUUUAACCAAAUUAUAAACCGAACGGGAACCU